AUGACCUACGACGAGAAGGGCAGGGCCGGAGGGCCAACCCCGGUGCCGCCUGUUCCCGCCAGCCUCAACGCCAACUCCUGGGAGAUGAUCGACCUCGAUAGAAGUCAGCAAAAUCAGGCCGCUCCCAAGCUUCAACCACACGCCCACACCGAUCCCACCGUCACUCCUUACCUCGGCCUCCGCGCCAGGCUCUCUCAGCUCUGGUUCAACCGAUGGACCGUUCUCCUCAUCCUCGUCCUCGUCCGCGUCCUCCUCCUCACCGGCAGCCUCAACGACAAUAUCGGCGAUGCCAAAGUCAAAGCUCUCUCAGCAUGCACCAAGGUCGAAGAUGUCGGGAGUGCCAUGGCGUCCAUGCCUCAUUACUUGUCUGUGGGUGUCAACUCGAUGGCGGCGGAAGGAAUUGAGAAGGCUGUUUCUGCCAUGGUUCAGAUCCUGAUGUUGAUCCUCACUGGGGUCGAGAACCUGGUUUACUUUGUCAUCAACAUGUACGUUGGCACAUGGGCCUGUCUCAUUGCAGCUCUUAUCCACGGUGCCCUCGAGGUUGGCGCUAAGGGCAUCGAGGCGGCAACAAAGUUCAUGAACGAUGCCAUUGGCACCCUCACUGGUCAGAUUUCAGAGACUAUCGAGGAUGUACAGAAAGCUCUCGAGAACGUCGGUGAUGCAGUCGGCAAUUUCGCAGGCAACUUGAUCGGCCCCAUUUCGAUUCCUAAGAUUGACAUCAGCCGCCCCCUUGCUGACCUCAAGGACAUCAACAUCAACUCGACGGAUAUGGUUGAUAGCAUCGUCAAGCUCGACAAGAAGGUGCCUACCUUCGACCAGGUAGAGAAUUUCACCAAGAACGCCAUUGGCAUCCCGUUCCAGUUCGUCAGAGAGCAGCUCAACUCCAGCUUUGGCAACUACCAGUUCGACAAGACCGUCUUCCCCGUUGCGCAGAAGCAGGCUCUUUCAUUCUGCUCGUCCAACUCGUUCCUCAACGACUUUUUCCAAUCGCUCUUCGAGAUCAUCGCCAAAGCCAAGAUUGCCUUCUUGGUAGCCAUCCCUAUUCUGGCCGUUCUGGCCAUCAUCCUCAUGGGCUGGAUUGAGAUUCGCCGCUGGAGAAAGGAGAAGGAGAGGGCCAGAGUGUUUACCGAGCAUGGCUACGACCCGAUGGAUGUGGUCUAUAUUGCUGGCCGGCCGAUGACUGCUGGUGCGGGAAUCUGGCUUGGGAAGCGGUUCAGGAUGACUGGCAGGAACCACCUUCUGGCGCGGUGGACGGUGGCCUAUGCCACUUCGCUGCCGGCGCUGUUCGUUCUUGCCUUGGCCAUGGCUGGGUUCUUUAGCUGCUUCUGCCAGUACUUGAUGCUGAGGGCUGUCCAGAAUAAGGCUCCGGAGCUCGCUACUCAAGUCGGCAACUUUGCCGAAGAUGUUGUUGGCACAUUACAGGCUGUCUCGACGGACUGGUCGGAUGGUGCGAACGGAGUGAUCCUGGGCCUGCAGAACGACAUCAACAACGACGUCCUCGGUUACGUCACCAACGCCACGAAGGCCGUCAACAACACUCUCAACACCUUUGAAGACGAGAUCAGCAAGGCGGUCGAGGCCGUCUUCAAAGACACCGUUCUGUUCAACGUGGCCAGGGACAUCGUUGGCUGUGUCAUUUUGCGAAAGAUUGACACGGUUGAGAAGGGGCUGACGUGGGUGCAUGACCACGCCAAGGUGACGCUGCCGCUCUUCCGCAAUGAUAUGUUCAGUGCCGGAGCCAACGACAGCGUCAAUGGCGACGGUGAGCUGACCAGCUUCCUGGCUACGCCUGCUAGUGUCACGACGGAUGAGAUUACGGACGCGGUGGCCAAGGUCGUGAGCAAGCUGCAGAGCGGCAUCGUUCAAGAGGCGCUCAUCUCGCUGGCACUUCUUCUGGUUUAUGUCAUCAUUGUUCUUGGGGGUGUGGUCUACGCGCUGGUCAGGAUGACGCAGAACGACAAGACACGCGGUCUGGGCGGUGACAGAUGGGGCGUGAAGUUUGGGAGCAGACCUAACAGUUUUGCUCCUGGCGACACAGCCGCCAACAGACGACACCAACGAGAUGUCAAGGCAGACGAGCAGGAAGAGCCGAGUGCGUAUCAUGACUACCGACAAGAGGUGGUUUAUGCCGGGAGCGUCAAGAGGGGGAAGGUCGAGUCGGAGAAGUGGAAUACGCAUGCGAGAAAGAGCAGUUACCCUACCGUUGAGGAUUCCGGGUACUCUGGCCGAUAG